UAUCGUGUUUCCAAAGAAAUCAAAACUCUGAUCGGAACAGAGCAAACGCAGGUAGCGAAAAUGUCAGGGAUGGAACGACUACAGAGAAUGUUCGCCGGCGCCGGUGGCGCGUUAGGUCACCCGCCACCGGAUUCACCGACUCUUGAUACAUCGGAACAAGUUUACAUCUCGUCACUUGCUCUCUUGAAGAUGCUUAAACACGGGAGAGCGGGAGUUCCGAUGGAAGUUAUGGGAUUGAUGCUUGGGGAAUUUGUGGAUGAGUAUACUGUUCGUGUUGUGGAUGUGUUUGCUAUGCCUCAGAGUGGUACCGGGGUUAGUGUUGAAGCUGUUGAUCAUGUUUUCCAGACUAAUAUGCUUGAUAUGCUUAAGCAAACCGGAAGGCCUGAAAUGGUGGUUGGAUGGUACCAUUCACAUCCUGGAUUCGGCUGUUGGCUAUCUGGGGUUGACAUCAACACACAACAGAGUUUUGAAGCGCUGAAUCAACGAGCCAUUGCGGUGGUGGUGGAUCCAAUCCAGAGUGUUAAAGGGAAGGUUGUCAUAGAUGCCUUCCGUUUAAUUAACCCCCAAACCAUGAUGCUUGGUCAAGAGCCACGUCAGACAACUUCCAAUCUUGGCCAUCUCAAUAAACCAUCCAUCCAGGCGUUGAUCCAUGGUUUGAACAGGCAUUAUUACUCGAUCGCCAUUAAUUACAGGAAGAAUAAACUUGAGGAGAAGAUGCUACUUAACCUUCACAAGAAAAAAUGGACUGAUGGGCUCACACUUGAACGAUUUGAUACCCAUUCUAAAACCAAUGAGCAGACUGUCCAGGAAAUGCUGAGUCUAGCUAUCAAAUAUAACAAAGCGGUUCAGGAAGAGGACGAAUUACCUCCGGAGAAACUAGCGAUCGCAAACGUUGGAAGGCAAGAUGCGAAGAAACAUCUGGAAGAACAUGUGUCAAACUUAAUGUCAUCCAACAUCAUUCAGACAUUGGGUACCAUGCUGGACACUGUUGUCUUUUAAGCUUUUCAACCAUGUAUCUUGUACCUUGAUGUGUGAAUCUAGCAACUUGAUAUUGUGGAUUUAUGGCUUAGUUACAACUAUUUAUUUUAUUAAGAUCUAUAACUUUUUAAAAUGUUUUUGUUUUUAUUA